GGUAAUGGAAAAAUACCAUUGACAGUUCAUAUCGCCUAGCGGGUGGUCGUGUUGCUAAGACAAGACAGGACCCGUGAAGAACGCUACAAGCUAACAAACGUAUUUUUUCACUAGUUAUAAUGUUAUGAAUUGAUACCUGCUUUGCAAUCAAUUUACCGGAGUAUAGACGCAUGAAACCGAGGUAGAGAUACCUGGCCAAGAAACAGCUGACCUCAAUAGAGGUGUCAUAAUACACAUAAAACCUAGCCAUCAAAAGUGACCUUGUCCUACAGAGAUUUACACAGUUAACAAAACGUCACGCCAGGGUAAGCCUACACAAAACACAGCCUUAUUAUAAAUGUUUCUAAAGUCCCCUAUGGGAAGCAUGAAUGCUGGAAAAAUGAUUGGAACCAUUUACUUGUUUGGCCACUAGGUUUUAUGACUCUCACUGUGGUUCUCUAUAUCCCCUCAUGGUACCUUCUCCGCUGUGCAAUCCGGUGUCCGAGCUGGUCACGGGUGCACCUCAGCCACGCUCAAGGUUAGGUGUAUGAAGGGAGGACGUGGAGAGUGGUCCUGAAGAUGAGGCGUCUGUACAGGAAGAAAGCCCUGAGUCUGGUUAAGGAGCUGGAUGCCUUCCCCAAGGUCCCAGAGAGCUAUGUCGAGACCACAGCCACAGGGGGGACAGUGUCCUUGAUAGCAUUCACUGCCAUGGCACUGCUGGCCUUCUUUGAGUUCUUUGUGUAUCGGGACACCUGGAUGAAGUAUGAAUACGAAGUGGAUAAAGAUUUUUCAAGUAAAUUGAGAAUAAACAUAGAUAUUACAGUUGCCAUGAAAUGCCAACAUGUGGGUGCAGACAUUCUGGACCUGGCAGAGACUAUGAUAACAUCAAAUGGCAUUCAGUAUGAGCCUGUGAUUUUUGAGCUGACCCCACAGCAAAAACUGUGGCACAGGACCCUGUUGCUGAUACAGAACAGGUUGAGGGAGGAGCAUUCUCUACAGGAGGUCUUGUACAAGAAUGUUCUAAAGGGAGCUCCUACGGCCUUGCCCCCUAGAGAGGUCACCGCCUCAGAGCCCUUAAGUGCCUGUAGGAUACAUGGGCACGUCUACGUCAACAAAGUGGCUGGGAACUUCCACGUCACAGUGGGAAAGCCUAUUCAUCAUCCUCGUGGCCAUGCUCAUAUAGCUGCUUUUGUAAGCCAUGACACGUACAACUUCUCCCAUCGGAUAGACCAUUUGUCUUUCGGAGAAGAGAUCCCCGGCAUCAUCAAUCCUCUGGACGGGACAGAGAAAAUCACCAGCAACCAUAAUGAGAUGUUCCAGUAUUUCAUUACGGUGGUACCUACCAAACUGCACACGUCCAAGGUGUCGGCAGACACACACCAGUUCUCUGUGACGGAGAGGGAGCGGGUGAUCAACCAUGCGGCGGGCAGCCACGGCGUGUCUGGGAUCUUUAUGAAGUACGACACCAGCUCUCUGAUGGUGACGGUCAGUGAGCAGCACAUGCCCCUCUGGCAGUUCCUGGUACGACUCUGUGGCAUCAUCGGGGGUAUCUUCUCAACCACAGGCAUGAUCCAUGGGUUUGUUGGCUUCUGUUUCGACAUAGUCUGCUGUCGCUUCAAACUAGGCCCAUAUAAACCUAGAGAGGUGGUUCUCCCAGAUCCCCAUGUGAACAACCGUGCUGCUCCGCUCCUGACGGACAACCACGUACAGGAGUAGCCCUGUAACCUGCGCCCAUAUCCACAAAGCUCUCUGAGUAGGAGUGCUGAGCUUGGAUCAGUUUUGCCCUUUUGGAUCAUAAGAUAAGAUUGUAUGGACAGAUCCUAGAUCAGCACUCCUACUGUGAGACGCUUUGUGGAUAUGGGACCUGGAGCCUGCUGCUGAUCGUGCACCUACUGUCCCUUCACCUGUGGGGGAAUCCAGGAAGAGAAGUCUCCAAUCACAAGUAUGUGGAUUGCUGGGAGUUUGUUUUGAACCAAAUAAGAGUAAACUGAUUAGGAACCCGACAAUCAUAAUUGUUCUAUUUAUUGUUAUGGACAGUAUCCUCAUAUGACUACCAUUAUAAUAUAUUUAUAUCCUGUAAGUAUGUAUUUUACACUGGAAAAUGGAAAGCGGCUCACUCCCCAGUUUUAUCAGGCUUUGUGUGUAAAGGUUAUUGGGAUGUUGUCAUCUGUAAGUUAGGCUGAAUGAAAUCUGAUCCUUCUAUGUUAUCAUUCAUACUAUUAACUUGCAUGUCAUGUUUGUUCUAUUUCUAUCUAUUUGCACUGUUGUUCAGUAUCUGUUUCACAUCUGUCAAUGGGAGAUGUUCUAUUAAACGUGUUUUAGUGCACUUCAUCACUU